AUGACUCCUCUUCCCGGGGGCUGCUAUUGCGGCUUGAUCAAGUACACCAUUACUCUUGAAGAUCCCGAAACUGAAGCUCGCACAAGUAUCUGCCAUUGUGGCAACUGCAAGAAGUUCACAGGUUGCGAAAGUGGGGUCACAACUAAAGUCCCCAAGUCUACAUUUGAGGUCACGCAAGGAAAGGAUCACAUAAAAGUGCACGAAGCUGAUAAUGGGAAUGGAGUAUUACUACAUCGAGAGUUCUGCGACACUUGUGGGGGUCCCUUGCUGGAGUACGGGGCAAACGCAGGCGACAACAUUUACAUAUUUUAUGACACAAUGGAAGACCAUGCACGUGGCCAGGUUGAGCCCAAGGGUGAGUUCUUCUGCAGGCUUCGUGAUCCUUGGAUGCCAGAAAUCGAGGGUCUCUUCCAAAAGCAAGAAAUUAAGCAGUAAAGAACAAAGGAACAAACUUUCUUAACUGAAGAGACGAUAGAUUGGUGUCAUGGGAUUGAGAUUGUGAGGUAUUUCGUUAAUUCUCGAACGGGACCUAGACAAGUCCCCUCAAAAGUAGGUACUUUAGAGUGUUUAGCCUUCUAGUCGGGGGGCUUUCCUUUUGGCCGACAUAGG